UACAUGUACAAACUAUACACGUAGGCGGGUUAUAAAUUUAUACACGCGGUUGUGGUUUGAGAGAGUUUAUAUUAUUUUUGCUCGCUCCGAAGGUUUAAGAAAUAACACUUCUGUGUUCUGUUAUAAAGGUCCAGAUUUAUUUGUUGAGUAAAUGGCUUAUCACAUCAAAUCAAAGAAGUCAGAGGUGAACUUGGAAUAUCUACCUAAGACAGCAACAAUCAAAGAUGGCACAGAAGUGGUGCUUGAUGUUUAUGAAGAGAAACAUGAGAAGGAAGUUCAUGAAAUUCUAAGAUACAUAGUGAACGAAGAAGGUGACAGUUAUCCACAGGAGGAUAUGACGUCAAUUGAGGAUUUCCGCGCAUAUUAUCUCACCCAUGACGUUUAUGUCUGUUUGGAUAAAGAAACGCAAGAAGUUCUUGGUGCAUUCUAUAUAAAACCCAACUUUCCAGGCAGGUGUUCCCAUAUAUGUAAUGCCGGAUUUAUUGUUAAGAAGGCAGCCCGGGGACGUGGUGUGGCAACAUUUAUGGUUGAAAAUUAUCUACAAAUUGCACGUGAUCUGGGAUACAGAGCUAGUUUUUUCAAUCUAGUUUUCGUGACGAAUGAGACCUCGAUAAGACUGUGGCGGAAGUUUGGAUUUACAGAAAUAGGAAGGGUGCCGAAUGCAGGAAAUUUGAAAGGCAAGGGAUAUACGGAUGCCCUACAAUUUUAUUACGAUCUCACAAAAUGACUUUUAUAUGGUUGAUCUACAAUGUAUAGCUUAAGGACCAGUUCUCAAGACAGGUGUCAUUAGUUUUGAAAUGAAUAAAUCAUCUUUAUUCAUUAAUUAUUAUGUCUCCCCCAGGAGACAUAUUGUUUUUGCCCUGUCCGUCCGUCCGUCCGUCCGUACGUCACACUUCAUUUCCGAGCAAUAACUGGAGAACCAUUUGACCUAGAACCUUCAAACUUCAUAGGGUUGUAGGGCUGCUGGAGUAGACGACCUCUAUUGUUUUAGGGUCACUCCGUCAAAGGUCAAGGUCACAGGGGCCUGAACAUUGAAAACCAUUUCCGAUCAAUAACUAGAGAACCACUUGACCCAGAAUGUUGAAACUUCAUAGAAUGAUUGGUCAUGAAGAGUAGAUGACCCCUAUUGAUUUUGGGGUCACUCCGUCAAAGGUCAAGGUCACAGGGGCCUGAACAUUGAAAACCCUUUCCAAUCAAUAACUAGAGAACUACUUGACCCAGAAUGUUGAAACUUCAUAGGAUGAUUGGUCAUGAAGUGUAGAUGACCCCUAUUGAUUUUGGGGUCACUCCGUCAAAGGUCAAGGUCACAGGGGCCUGAACAUUGAAAACCAUUUCCGAUCAAUAACUAGAGAACCACUUGACCCAGAAUGUUGAAACUUCAUAGAAUGAUUGAACAUGCAGAGUAGAUGACCCCUAUUGAUUUUGGGGUCAGUCUAUUAAAGGUCAAGGUCACAGUGGCCUGUUCAUGUAAAAUCUUUUUUUGGAAAUAACUUGAGAACCACUUGACCUACAAUGUUGAAACUUCAUAGGAUGAUUGGACAUGCAGAGUAGAUGACCCCUAUUUAUUUUGAGGUCACUUGAUCAAAGGUCAAGGUCACAGGAGCCUGAAAAGUGACUUGAGAACCACUAUGCCAAGAGUGUUGAAAUUUAGCGUGAUGACUGGACAUGCCAAGUAGAUGAUCACUAUUGCAGCCAACCAUCAGUGUCUCUUUGACUUUCGCUCCUGACCCCUAUUGACUUCUUUCCUAUAGGACUUUGCAUUGGGGGAGACAUGCGCUUUUUUACAAAAGCAUUUUCUAGUUUCAAAUAAAAAAAAAUAGAAAUAAAA